AUGGCCUAUAGGAAUGAUUGCCAUUUCAGCUACAUCAAUUCAUCACCUUCCCCAUUUCGUCAACAAUCCGAGGAGCAAGAAACAAUUCACGAUGAUUUUCAUGAAUUAAUCGAUCAAGCUCUAUACGAAUCAGAUGAAUUUCGUAUGUACGCAUAUAAAAUAAAAAGAUGCCAAAACCUUUUAAGUCACGAUUGGCCCUCUUGUCCCUUUACACACCGAGGGGAAAAAGCACGUCGGCGUGACCCAAGAAAAUACAAUUAUUUGCCAAUUCCUUGCCCGAGCUACAAAUUCGCGUCUUGCAUUAAAGGUGAUAAUUGUGAAUUGAGCCACGGGGUUUUCGAGUACUGGCUACAUCCCGCGAAGUACAAGACUCAUCUAUGUUAUGCUGGCACGGCAUGUGAUAGACGAGUAUGUUUUUUUGCUCAUACACUAAAAGAGCUCCGUCUUGAGACGAAGUACAAUUGGUAUUAUAUGUAUCAGUACCCUUUACACAUCCAACCUUACCCUGACAUUUUAAUCGAAAAUGAACCAAAUGGUAUUUGGAUGGUUAUUUCUUGUAAUCAUCAGCUGCCACCACCACCACAUGAUCAGUACUGUGGUACUGUUGUCUCUGAACAUGGAAAUUUGUCGACUUCUCAACAAAUUCCUCAAGAUAGUAUUCCUCCCCCUCCUCUUUAUUCUUCUCAAUCUCAACCAAGAAUAGAUCAAACGGUUCAAAGUGAGAGUAGUUUUUCACUUUUUUCGACUAACCAUGCAAAAUUAAUUGAGGAGCUGAAGAAUCUUGAGAUUGGGAGUACUUCUCAUGCUAAGGUGAAUAAAACAAAUGAUGAAAAGGGUACAAGUUGUGUGGAGAUUGAGUCACCGGAUCAAGAAUUUCGAAACAUCAAUUGGAUUUCUGAUUUGUUAGUGGAUGAGUUUGACGGUACAAGAUUGUAA